UACAUAGGCUCCAGGCCAUGGAAAUCUAGGAAAACACCAAAUUGAUCAUGACAUGAGCAUUGAGCACUAUUGAGCAACCCUCCGUCGCAUCAAAAAUUGUAAUGGAAAAAGGGCAUCGCAACGACAAAAUCAUUACGCUGGUUCGUUCACUUCAGUCACUUCAUCACAUCGCUGGUGCGUUGAAUUUUCUACACGAAUUUUCUCAUCUUCCUUCGUACUUCAGUCACUUAUGCUAUCCCCUUCUACCCCCUUUCUAUCGGCUUAAGUUUCGACUUGUUCGGAUAGAUUUUGCUGGCAAAAUUAAUCACGAUUCACAAUAUCAUCUCCGCUUCCACCUCGUUCUAUCCUGCCCUGUGUACUCGUGCGCGAACAUGUAUCCAAUUUCAUGCACAUCUCCGAGACUAUUAUCGAUAUGUCUUGCCGUUCUUGUUCUCCUCGCCGUCAAUGUUGUCGGCAGCCCAAUUGGAUCUCCCGUUUUGGCCUUGGCAAGUCCCUCUGUCACAUUGACCUCUGUUCAUCCAUUGGCCUCCAACUCCCCCUGGAACUUGCAUGCUGCGGUCACGCCAACUGGAAUAGUAAAGGAUGAGAUCUACUUUUGGAUGGAUGGUGACAAUGCCGAACUUUACAUUGGCUCCAGACGUUUCGGCCUCAGUAAUGGGCACGAACGUCUAGAGCCCAAAGAGGUUGGUAUACCCCAGACUGGUACCAGGAAGAUCGGUCAAGUCAUCUAUCCGAGCACCAAUGUCAAAGAACAGGUCUUGCAAAUUUUAGGAAAAUGCGGGAUCAGGAUAACUACAAGUAUAAAAGCAAGUCCCGUUCGAAUUUGUAGGGGACAUUACUUCCAGAACAUUAUUCAAAAACUGGUCAAAGUAUCAGAGAUGAACUCUUUAGAAGUAAAGGAUGAGAAUGGUGGGGGUGAUCUGGACUCAUUAUUUACCAAUUUGUUGCGAGAUACAGGGUUUCUGGGAACCUCGAAGAAGACUGUGGAGAAGUCAUAUCGUUUUCGUCCUUACUAGCACCCUAUAGUGUGUAAUGAUGGACCUUCUUGCUCCUAGUGCUAUUUUCCUUGUGACAACAUGAAUGUAAUAGAGCAAAGGUCAACCUGUUAAACAUUGCAGUGACUUUGGUACACCUGGGUUCCAUCCUUUACUAGGUGGCAUACUUCAACCUCAGACAACCUUGGGCUUGAGAUAUUGAUUUGUCUGUCAGUACAUGAACAUUUGAAACUCCAGUUGAUCCUCAACACUACAAAAAAUUGAUUGCUUGUCCCCGCUUGGUCCAAUGAUUCGGAUUGGCCAUGCUAGGUUCAAUUGACAUCACAGGCGAAGGAAGCAAGUGGGCAGAGCAGAGCAACGCCCCAAGCGUAACUGAGCUAUUGGCUGUGUAUCGCACGGG